GGCAACCUCGAGACCGUCGCUUUGUUAACACUUCAUUGAGCCAAGAUGGCAGAUUUCGAGGAGAUCAACGACAAAGAGAAGGUCCGUAUUUCAGCUAAUUUUGUGCUGCACGCUCCUCCAGGAGAGUUCAAUGAAGUCUUUAAUGAUGUGCGAAUACUGCUCAACAAUGAUAAUCUUCUCAGAGAGGGCGCGGCUCAUGCCUUUGCCCAGUACAACAUGGAUCAGUUCACCCUUGCCAAAAUCGAUGGAUAUGAUGAUCAGGUCCUGAUUACGGAGCAUGGAGACCUGGGAAAUGGCCGCUUCUUUGACCCUCACAACAAGAUCUCCUUCAAGUUUGACCACCUGAGAAAGGAAGCCAGCGACCCCCAGCCCCACGAGGGCGAGGCAGCCCUCAGGCCAUGGAGAGAUGCAUGUGAUACGGCCCUGAGGGCCUACAUCAAGCAGCACUACCCCAGAGGAGUUUGCACCGUUUAUGGGAAAACGAUCGAUGGCCAGCAGACUAUUAUCGCUUGUAUCGAGGGUCAUCAAUUUGAGCCUAAGAACUUCUGGAACGGUCGCUGCCGGUCUGAAUGGAAGUUCAGUGUCUCACAAUCGACGGCACAAGUGGUCGGAGUCUUGAAAAUUCAGGUGCAUUAUUAUGAGGAUGGAAAUGUGCAGCUGGUCAGCCAUAAAGACAUAAAGGAAGCACUGACUGUGUCUAAUGAGAUCGAGACUGCGAAGGCGCUUGUGAAAAUUAUUGAGGAUGCAGAGAACGAAUAUCAGUUGGCCAUCAGUGAGAACUAUCAGACCAUGUCGGACACCACGUUCAAAGCCUUACGCAGGCAGCUCCCAGUCACCCGCAGCAAAAUCGACUGGAACAAGAUCAUCAGCUACAAGAUUGGCAAGGAGAUGCAGAGCGCUUAGAGGACUGAGGCUGCCCGGGUUACGACAAAUGUGGUAGAGGCUGAUGCUCGCGCAAAACACGUGUGACGCAAUGUUACGUACUGUAUGUCCUUCUAAAAGAGACAUUUCGUUUUGGGUUUUUACAGAGGAUGACAGCUUCCAUUAUGCACUACGAGGGAACGCCUUCAUUUUACAGUGACAUUGAGUGGCGUAAGUGUCGCUCAUUGCAAGCAUAUAUUAUUUUUUCACAGACAAUGCCUUCAGCAACACUGUGAGAGCUUGGGUCACUCCCUGCUGCUCGAAUUCUCCGUCACGUAUUAAACUCACACAGUUCUGAUCCCUCAGUGCUUCAAAAUGGACCCCCAUCCUCUAAAACCCCUCAACUUUCAUGUAGCAACUAAUGUACACUCUCUAUAAAACAUAACUGAUAUUCUUUACGAGCUUCCAAUAUCUCCUAUAGUUUUUUAUUAACAGAGGGCAAAUACUGUAUGCAAUUUGAUUUAUUAACUGAGAGAGACUUGACAGACCUAAUUAUACGGCUUAAGCCUAAAGAUCUGUAUGCAUCCCUGUGGACGCAGGGUUGUAGCCAAAGUAUAAACGUUUUUCUUUUCCCAUUCACUGACCUUAUUUUGUUUUCCUCUUUUUGUUGUUGAGACGUUUUCGGGUUAUAACCCCUCUGCACCCCCCCGACUGAUAAAGUAUUGGUGUCCUUCUGCUCGCUGUUUGCCUUUAGCUUUUGCUAUAUUUUUUAUACAAACUGUAAAUUUAUUAUUCAUGAAAUAAAAAUAUGAUCUUGAAGCAAUGACGAUCAUUUGUGUUUUAUAUCAUGUAUGGAGUUUGUUUUGGAAAGCCUGAUGUUUUCUGCUAAGCUCUGUUAAUGUGAGGGAGUUACUGACCUGUGGAGAAGCUUUUCUUUAUUUCAAUUAAAUUUGCUUUUUAGCAAAAUACAAAGUGUAUUUAAUGAAAUAAAAUGCAUUUUCCACUGGAAUUACCUAAUAUGAGACUGUAAUGUUGUGAGAUACAGUUUGCAGAAUAUAUGACUAGAAUUUAGACUACUAAAUUAUAUUUAAUAAAUAAAUAAUAUUGUUUAAUAGAAAA